CGCGCCUUUUUUCGCUUCUUUUUUUAACUUUGCAACACUGGAAACAGCUGUUUCAUAUGUGAAACAAAGUUUCACUGAGCAACAAUUUCACAAUGGGGCCACCAAAAAAGUCUAAAAAGGAUCGGGGCUCAAGCGAUAAAUUUGCUAAGAAGCGUCGCGCUGAAGAUGAGGCUUACACCCAACUGGUGGAUGACAAUGACAGCCAGGACUAUGCCAGCGAGUCGGACGGCGUGCCGGGCGCCGCGUCCAAAAACGCAGAAACCAACGAUGAGAACACCAACACAGACGAAUACGGUGCCAAAGACUACCGUACUCAGAUGCAAUUGCGUCCUGAUCACGCUAAUCGCCCUUUGUGGGUGGCACCGAAUGGGCACGUGUUCCUUGAAUCAUUUUCGCCGGUCUACAAACAUGCCCAUGACUUUCUUAUUGCUAUUUCGGAGCCAGUCUGCCGGCCUGAGCACAUACAUGAGUACAAGUUAACAGCAUACAGCUUGUAUGCAGCUGUAUCUGUAGGACUGCAAACACACGACAUUGUGGAGUAUCUAAAGCGCUUGAGCAAAACCACCAUUCCUGAGGGCAUAUUAGAGUUUAUACGUCUCUGUACAUUGUCGUAUGGAAAAGUAAAGCUUGUUCUAAAGCAUAACAAAUACUUUAUUGAGUCGCCACAUCCAGAGGUGCUUCAAAAGUUGCUUAAGGAUCCGGUCAUUCAGAAGUGCCGACUCAUACGCAACGAAGGCGAAGGCUUUAUACAGGGCACAGUGGAUAGCAAAGCCAUCACACAGUUCGGUACCAAGCUGCCAACGGGGGUUGAUAAUCCAGCAGAAGAUUCGGCUAGCACUUCUGCAGCAGGAGGGACAACAGCUGCAGCAGGUGCCACCGGGGAGGGUGGAGCUGCAGCGGUAGCAGUUCCUGAUGACAUUACAGACUUCUACGAAAAGAUAGACAAAGAAGAAGAGGACGAAGACGAAGCCAAUCUUAAAACAGUAUCCUUUGAGGUGGCUCAGGAAAAAAUUGAGCUUAUACAAAAGCGGUGCAUCGAAAUCGAGCAUCCCCUACUAGCAGAGUAUGAUUUUCGUAAUGAUACGAACAAUCCCGAUAUUAACAUUGACCUCAAACCGGCAGCGGUGCUGCGUCCCUACCAAGAAAAGAGCUUGCGUAAAAUGUUUGGCAAUGGGCGAGCACGCUCUGGCGUAAUUGUGCUACCGUGCGGCGCUGGAAAGUCCUUGGUGGGUGUCACCGCCUGUUGUACUGUCCGUAAGCGCGCCUUGGUGCUGUGCAACAGCGGUGUUUCAGUGGAACAGUGGAAGCAGCAGUUUAAAAUGUGGUCCACAGCAGACGACAGUAUGAUUUGUCGCUUUACCUCGGAGGCAAAGGAUAAGCCCAUGGGCUGUGGAAUACUGGUUACCACAUACUCUAUGAUUACGCACACACAAAAGCGAUCAUGGGAGGCGGAACAAACGAUGCGCUGGCUACAAGAGCAGGAAUGGGGUAUCAUGGUAUUGGAUGAGGUGCACACCAUACCCGCAAAGAUGUUUCGUCGUGUCCUGACCAUUGUGCAGUCCCACUGCAAGCUUGGCUUGACAGCCACGCUAUUACGUGAGGACGACAAAAUUGCAGAUCUGAAUUUCCUAAUUGGUCCCAAGCUGUACGAAGCUAACUGGCUGGAACUACAAAAGAAGGGAUAUAUAGCACGUGUACAGUGUGCCGAAGUGUGGUGUCCCAUGUCGCCGGAGUUCUAUCGCGAGUAUCUAACCACCAAAACGUCCAAGAAAAUGCUGCUCUAUGUAAUGAAUCCUUCCAAGUUCCGCAGCUGUCAAUUCCUUAUUAAAUACCACGAGAAACGUGGCGAUAAGACGAUUGUCUUUUCUGACAAUGUGUUCGCCUUGAAGCACUAUGCCAUCAAGAUGAACAAACCAUUCAUCUAUGGCCCCACAUCUCAGAAUGAACGUAUACAAAUUCUACAGAAUUUCAAGUUUAAUGCCAAGGUCAACACGAUUUUCGUGUCAAAGGUGGCCGAUACUAGUUUUGAUCUGCCCGAGGCGAAUGUGCUCAUUCAGAUUUCAUCGCAUGGCGGUUCACGUCGUCAGGAAGCACAACGUUUGGGUCGUAUUCUGCGUGCCAAAAAGGGAGCUAUUGCCGAGGAAUAUAAUGCAUUCUUCUACACCCUAGUCUCACAGGAUACAAUGGAAAUGAGCUAUUCACGAAAGCGCCAGCGGUUCCUGGUGAAUCAGGGCUAUAGCUAUAAAGUCAUCACACAUCUUAAAGGCAUGGACACCGAAACUGAUCUUAUGUAUGGAACACAGGAGGAACAGGGUCAGCUUUUACAGUUGGUGUUGUCUGCUUCUGAUUUGGACUGUGAGGAUGAGAAAGUACCAGGCGAGCCAGGCUAUCGUCCAGGUGGUUCUAGCACCACGAAACGUAUGGGUGGCCUCAGUUCAAUGUCAGGAGGUGAUGAUGCCAUCUACUAUGAGCAUCGGCGCAAGAAUGUUGGCAGCGUACAUCCAUUGUUUAAGAAAUUUAGAGGAUAAUUGAUAAUUGACUGUGCACAACAGAAUAAAUGUAUCUCAGCCGUAUAAUGUUGUUUUUCUGUA